AUGGAUACCAAAGCAAAGCGGACCAAAGAGUGUCUUUUAGAGCUGGAGGCUCGAUUCAGGGAGACCAACACACUCGCAGAGGUUCUUAUCAUCCUGGGCCGGAGUGGAGCGGGCAAGUCCUCGCUGUCAGAAGACCUGACCGAUCUCUCGGGCUACUCGCAGCAGGAUGCAGACUCUGUAACCCAAACCUUCGAGCUCUGCAAGACCACCAUCGGAAACAAAACCUACUUCAUAAUGGACACCCCAGGCUUCGACCCCUACGCCGAAGAAGCUACCUUUGGGGAGAUCGCCCGCGGCAUCAGCUCCAUUCGCCACUUCGCCCACAUCACAGGCCUCCUCUACCUAACCCCAAUCACGCAACAACGCUUCGACAGAUUCGACCGCAAGCUCGUCGACUUCGUCCACGCUCUCUGCGGCGCCGAGUACAUCCCCCGCGUGACCUUUGUAACGACAUUUUGGACGGGCGCCCCGCCGAGCUACAAUCAGUAUCUUGAGAGCUUGAAGGGGAAGUGGGCGGAAGCUGCACAUGUGGAGGGAGGGCGCGAUCUAAAAACGUAUCAGCAUGGAAGGGUGUAUAAUGCAGCUGGACAGGAUACGCGGACCAACAUUGAUUGGUUCAGCGACCGUGCGAGGAUUGCGCGGUUCGGCAAGGAGAUGGUCGAGAAGAACUAUGGCCAGGAUAACAGCAGCGGCACCGUUGUUCCACGGAUCGUGAGAGAGCUCGAUGAUGGGGUUCCGCUUCCCGAGACGGCUGCUGGGAUGCUGCUUGGGAUGUCUUGCUCUUCCGCUUCCUCAUCGUCGACGUCCUCCAUACCCUCCUCUUCCCCCGCCCCGGGUGGCCAAGCCAGGAGUGAACCAGAGCAGCCCAGCCCGGCUGCAAACGGCGACUCAACGUCACAAUCACCAUCCACAACAUCCUGGGCCCAGACUGUCCAAGAUGUCAUCGGCUGGUGUACACGGAACGUUCAAUUCAGCAUCAAUCUGGGCGGGAUAGGCGUUGGGACUGGGCCUGGGCCUCGGUCUGGGAUUGGCCCUCGUGCAGUACUACCUUUGGAUCCGCAUUCGUCUGUUGAUGUUAUGAAGUCCUACGGGUUGGAUUCCAGCAGGGCAGGCAGGAUUUGA